AUGUCGCUCGACCCGUCAAGUCGGCUCGUCCUGGGCCAAUGGCUCCAGCCCAUGAUUGCGCGGCUCCCACCCGCAGUCCAGGAGGUCGUUCUGCAUCCGCUCGCAGCCCAGGUGGUCCUGGUGCUGCUGGCCCUGGGUCUGCUACGCCGGACAAACCGCUACUUGAGCUACCGCGCCGUGAACAAUGGACAGGGGACCGCGAGAUGGGACUCUACGCGCGAGCUGGUGGUCCUCACGGGAGGCUGCAGCGGGAUUGGAAAGCAGAUGGUGUUUGAUCUGGCGCAGAAGGGCGUUCGCCUGGUGAUUCUGGAUAUCAACGAGCCGAAUUUUCCUCUGCCAAACGGCGUCGCAUUCUACCAAGCAGACAUCACCUCCUCCGCCAGCAUCGCUGCCGUCGCGCAGAAAAUCCGCGCCACGCACCGCGAACCCACGGUGCUGAUCAACAACGCCGGCGUCGGCCAUGACGGCACCAUCCUCGACGAACCCGAGGCCAAAAUCCGGCAGACCUUCGAAGUCAACACGAUCUCGCACUUCCUGACCGUGCGGGAGUUUCUGCCGAGCAUGGUGCGUCAGAACCACGGACACGUCGUGACGAUAGCCAGCAUGGCGAGCUUUGUGGCUCUCGGGGAGAUGGUGGACUACUGCUGCACAAAGGCGAGUGCGUUGGCGUUCCAUGAAGGGUUGAGACAGGAAUUGCGGCAUUUCUACAAGGCACCGAAGAUUAAAACUACGGUGGUUCAUCCUCUGUGGGUUCGCACGCCCAUGAUCCAACAACUGACCGAUGCCGGAUCGCAGUUUAACCAGCCCGUGAUGACGCCGGAGAUGGUUUCCAGCGCGGUGGUGGAGCAGAUCAUGGCGGGCAAGAGCGGCCAGAUCAUUCUCCCGGCGCAUCACUGGCCGUUAAGCAUGUUGCGCUCGUUCCCUACGUGGAUGCAGGAGAUGGCGCGGGCAGCCGGGACGCUGAGUUUUGUGCGAUUGAGGGAAUGGCAGCAGAAGCAGACAUGA